AGAGAAGGAAGGGACACACCUAAACUGUCCAAGACAGGUGACAAGAACAAGACUGCGGUUUAUUCAACUGUUCUUCUCUCACAAACAACCGCUCACUGGUUGUUUAUUUAUACAAAACAAUGAGCUCCAUAAACCAACGUAUCCAAGACUACCUGGCGGAGAGAAGGAGGCGAAGGACCAGGCUAGUGACCAAAGAUGGUCGCUGCAACAUUGAGUAUGGAAACAUCAAGUACAGCACUCACUUCGCCUUCUUGGCUGACUUCUGGACCACCUUUGUGGAGAUCAGGUGGCGUUUUGUCCUCAUCUUUUUCAGCGCAUCCUUCACCAUGAGCUGGUUCAUCUUUGGACUGCUGUGGUACUGGAUCGCCAGAAAUAAUGGGGACUUGACGUGGCAAAACCCCUCUGAAGAUCACUCUCCAUGUGUCAACAACGUUGUGGGACUCACCACAGCGUUCCUCUACUCAAUUGAAACCCAGAUGACAAUUGGGUACGGCGGACGAGCGAUCACGCCUUUCUGCCCAGGUGCAGUAGCCGUUCUCAUUAUCCAGUCCCUUCUCGGAGCGAUUAUCAACUGCUUCAUGUGUGGAGUCAUCCUGGCCAAGAUCUCCUUACCCAAAAAGAGGGCUAAAACCAUCACAUUCAGUGAGAUGGCUGUCAUAUGUCCGAGAAAUAAUUCACUUUGCCUGUCAAUCAGAGUGGCCAACCUGCGCAAGACCCUGAUGAUUGGAAGCCAGAUCUACGGCAAACUGUUGAGGACAACGACAACACCUGAUGGGGAAACGAUCAUCAUGGACCAGGUGAACAUUGACUUCAUGGUAGAUGCUGGGAAGGACAACCUGUUCUUUGUAUGCCCGCUCACAUUAUACCACGUCAUAGACAAGAGCAGCCCUUUCUUCGAGAUAGCAGUGGACACACUACACAACCAAGACUUUGAGCUGGUGGUAUUCCUUGAUGGCACAGCAGAGUCCACAAGUUCUUCCUGCCAAGUACGGACCUCUUUCAUUCCUCAGGAGAUCAUGUGGGGCUUCAAUUUUAUGCCCAUCAUCUCCAGAAGCAAAGAGGGCAAGUACAGAGUAGAUUUCUCCAACUUCUCCAAAGUGGUACCUGUGGCCACUGCGCACUGUGCAUACUGUUACCACAACAUCAAAGGUAACCAUUUGCUUUCCAUGGACGGACAUGAAAACCUGGGCUUUGAGGUGAUUGAAAUUAAUGAUCCUCCUAAUGUUACCAAGAUGUGAAACUCUUCAUGCAAAACAGUCCCCAAUAAACUGACUCUAUUGGUGGUUUGGGAUGCUGAUGUAUGAACUUCUUGAGGGCAGACUGUUGGAGGAAGUCAAUCAGACAUCCCGAUGCUUGGCAGUUAUAUGAGCUGAGGAAACCAACUCAUGUGUUACUUGUUUUAUAUCUGACCCACUUAAGAAAGACUUGUGUGGAGUCAAGGCACUUCCAUAUACUGCGUGUAAAGCCACACCUAUCAUUUUCUGCUGACCAGAAACAUGUUUUCAGAUAGAAGACAUGGUCACGUUGGAUGGUGAAACUUCAGUGCAAGAACACAAAGCUUUCUCUCGAAGGAAAUAUAGAUAUAAAUGAAGAGUGGUGGGUCCAACAUACCUCUGGUCUUAGAUGAUUAAUAUAUUUUUCAUAAAGGAAACAAAGAAGGUACUGUAAUUGUGUAACCACACAACUGAGUUAAUACUUGAAGAAUCAGAGGGUGGUCCUGCUCGUGUCCUUGUUGAUGUAGCAGGUCAAUAAAUAAUGAAGAAUGAUGCUUUGGCACUAAGACACGUGACUGAAGUCUGGACCAGUCUUUUAAAACUGUGACAUUUGUAUGAAUGAAGAAUGAAGACAUGAGAGAUCAGCUUUCU